UGUGCAGAAGUAGACAGGAACAAGCUAGACGGAGAUUGGCAAAGUCAGAACGAGUGUGAUUAAAAAACACAAACAAAAUACAUAAUCAGUAAUACGACAACCUCCAAGCUGUCAAAUUUACUUGACAAGCGGUGCAUCGUUGUCUUCGAUUAACGUAUUGGGACAGACAAGGGAUCAAAAGGGUUGGUCUGCUGAUUAAUUGUGAAAAUCUGGAGGAGGAACAUCCUGUUGGAUUUCUUCUCUGACUGCAAGGAUUAUAAGAGACCCAAGAUCUCCCUACAUGCAAUAAUAUAAGCUGGGGUAGAGCUGUUGUUUCUAAGUGAAUGUUCAAGGUUUGCUCGCACCUGGAAGCUUUUGAUUUGGUCUUGUUGAGUGGCUGUUGAAUCACCAAUGCACGGUACAGUGUGUUUAACAACACCUCUGUUAAGAAUCUGCGCACGUUGUCAUCAAGUUAUUCAUCCGCGGAAGUCUUUUCUGAUUUGAUGAACUGGAAGAUUGGAAGUGCUGUUGGGGGUCAGAUCAUAUUUACCUUCAAUAUUUCUGGUAGCUUGACGUGAUAUUGGUUUACCAGGUGUUUUUCAGUUAUGAGGAGCACAAAUUAAACAUGUCAAGUUUUUCUGUCAUUUUUUGGUUAGCUGAAACAUCUAAAGUAUGAGCUGUUGAAAGCUAAAGCAGUUCUCAUGACUUCAUAACAUUAAGCACUCUUGGCUAUUGUGAUGUGACAAAUCAGCCCCCCUCCCCCUUUUGCCCUGACAUAGCACCUUCGCUGUUUUGAUGUGGUGAACAUAUUUAGAUCGCCACUUUCCGCAAAACAGCAUUGUGUGGUACAGACCCACUUUCCGUUUUUUGUCACUGUGAUUGUCUUCAGCUGAAAAUGAGUUCGUAAAGGAGCUUCUGAGUGUCAGAGCAGGCACAACGUGCUGCUGCCACAAGCCCCCAGAGUAAGAGACUGGUCAAUCCGAGACUCAUACAGACAGAGUUCCAUUUCAAAAGACAUUGGGUUUCUUCGUUUGUAUGUGGACAGCCUGAAUGCAAGCCUUCACUGUCUGUGAACUAAGGGUGUCCUGGAGAGUCACUCAGGCAUUACUGAUCAAACACUUCCGCUACUCUUCCACAACCACACGGCAGUCACAUUGAUCAAGAAUAACACGAUCACCACGUCACCAUCUCUUCCAUCACCUCACAAUUUCACCUUUUGUGGGGAGUUGACGAGUUCCCUUUGGCCUGGAUACGUUUUGCUUCCAUCCUCCUCACUGCACCAUCUUGGAAACUGGAGUUUGCCUGUGGCAAGAGCCGCUGUUAUCCUGAGGCUGUUAAGCCUGUGAAAAAGUGCGUUGGUUGCACCUACUGCACAGACACAGCCGAGGACAGGGCCAUUGAACUACAGAGCCUUUGUCUCUGGGUUCAGGCCAUGAGGUUUGAUGCCUCCAUCCACUGACGGGAGACACUGGACCUAAAUGGCGCAGCAUGACUUUGUUCCUGCCUGGCUUAACUUCUCCACGCCUCAGCCCGCCAAGUCCCCUGCUGCCCCCCUUGAGAAGCAUGGAGAGCACUUUCCCCGCGGAGACAGCCAGCCGGGAGUAAACCGCCGCAGACACAACUCAUCUGAUGGCUUUUUCAACAAUGAUCCGCUCAGAGCCCCUGGAGGUAAUGGGUGGCAGCAGCCAUCUCUGUUGAGACAUGACUCUGUAGACUCUGGAGUUGCAAAGGGCAGUCAGGGGGGAUUGGGAGGUGGACCAGGGUGGAAGGAGACCCCCAGCUGGCAUGGGGCGCAGAGGGGCCAGGAUGGUCCUCACCACCACCAUGCUCGUCAUGUCAAACGUGGUGGAGGUGAGAGGGACAGACAAGGGAGUCACCGACAGCGUAAUGGAAACUUUCAUACACGCAAAGGUGGCCCAUAUCAGGACAAAUAUUCUGACGAGGAGCGCAACGACGACAAACUCAAGUUUGCUGAUGAGGAUUUUCCCUCCUUGAACCCCGAGACAACUGGAAAGCCAGCAAAUCAGCCUCGUGCUGUUGGGACUCCAGCUGGAGUAUGGGAGAACCCCCCUAGUGCUAAGCAGGCUAUGUCUAAGAUGCUGGUCAUUAAGAAAGUGUCUAAGGAGGACCCCAGUGCUGCGUUCUCAGCUGGCUUUGCAAGUGCUGGCCCUCUACCCAUCAAUGGUUCUAAAGUCCCCAUCACUGGACCCAGCGUCUACAAGAAUUUGGUGCCCAAACCUACCACUGCUCCUACCAAGUCUGGCCCAUGGAAACCCAAUGGAAGGGAAGCUAAAGUGGGUUUGCAUUUUUCUGGACGGGAUUCGGCCUUCACCAGCCCUGUUUCUGUGACCAAACCUCUGACGCCUGUCAGUGCACCUGCCCAUGGCACUUCUAAAGAGCCACCUUCCAGCACCACCCCUCCCAUAGACAUCACCCCCUCACGGCUAAAGCUGAUGCGGCGCAGUACAGACCGGAAGAGUGAGUUUCUGCGUGGACUAAAGGACGAGAGAAACGGGGAUGUGAGUGACUGCCACAGCCCAGGAACCCCAGCAGAGGGAGAGAGAAGUACCCCUGAACCAAAAGAAUUUGGAGAAAGUCAUGAGAACGGCAUCUCCCACUCUCUCAGUGACUCAGACACAGAGCACUUGUCCAGCUCUUUGGAGGCUGAACACAGGUUGCUGAAGGCCAUGGGUUGGCAGGAAUACCCAGAAAAUGAUGACAACUUCCAACCCCUCACUGAGGAUGAACUCAAAGAAUUUCAAGCUAAAACUGAACAGAUGAAGAAGAUUGGUCUGGGACGUAAUGGUGUGUUCUUAAAGCCACGUAGUGGAGCCCUGCUAACCUGGAGGAACACCCCUGAACCUGGCCUGGGAGAGGGCUCUGAGUCUGAGACGAGCAGUAGCAGCCAGACAUCCGAUGAUGAUGAUACCUAAUGUGGCUUUAAACUCCCCUCCCCGAAUUUCCACUCUCGCUUUCUCUUAAUCUGUCUCCAUCACACCCAUUUAUUUCAAAUGAAAAGAAAGAGAGAAAAACUUGUUUUCAUGGACAAGGAACAUCAGUCAUAUCCCAGUUGGAGAGAAAGAGAAAAAGCAUUCACUUGUCACCUCAUAGGCAUUGUCUUUCUAUUUGAUUUUCUUUCCCCCUCUCUCUCCUUGUCUGCAUUUUGUUCUUUAUCCUGAACUAGAAAUGUCAAAGAAAGCCACACACCCUCCACCAGAUUUUUUUGUUUUUCUUGGGAAAAGACUAAUUAAUAAUAACACCAAUUAUAACCGUGAUUUAACGUGAAAUAUGACAUCAUCUGAAUGUUGUAUAAAAUGGCUUUGACACCUUUCUAAACUUUUUUUUUUUUUUUUUCGCGAAAACAAUUAGUAGCAUUAGUGUUAAGAUGAAACAAUCAUUGUGAGCUGCUGACUGCGAUGUUGCUGCCGGUCCCUCAUAGAAAUGAACUAAAGCCAGUCAUCCCUGCCACAAGGAAGAACUAAAGCAACAUUAAAUGGACUGUCAUGGGCAGUCUGGCAGCUAGAACAUCAGUCCAUUUCUGGCUUCAGUUCCACCAAACUCUGCUGAUUUCCACAGUUUUCAUUCUACAGUAUCAAAUUCAUACCAAUAUACCUGAUUUUAUUUUGUCUGCCAUGUACACAUAUGAGCAUACUUUAAGAGUGUUUAAAAGUUAGAUUUGAAACCUAGCUCAAGGAAGAGUUUGUCAGGAGCUGGCUUUUGAAUAAAGGUAACAUUUGGAUGGAAGGAUCUAAUGCUUUAUAUGCAAGGUUCUGGGAAACCAGUUCAGCAUAAAUAUGUUCAAUUCACUGAGGCUCGGUUCUGUCUAAGAAAAAAAUGUUCAAAAAAAUCAUAAACAGACUGUCUGUUUUGUUCUGAUUUUUUACCCCUGAAUAACUUAAAGCAGUUUGAUUUGAACCAUAUUGAAAUCCUGAAUAUUUCUGUGACUUUAUAAAAAGCGUUCUCAUGCUUUUCAUGCUUCCAAAAUCAUUUUCCAAAGCUUUUAUUGCAUGUAGAUGAUAAGGGUUAUACAAUAAACACAAGAAAGGUUUGAAGAAUUUAUUCCAUCAAAAAAAACCUAAUAAAAUCUACCCAAUGGAAUAGAAAAGUAAGAAAAAUUAUUGGGCUUAAGUUUACAAUGCAGGAAUUGAUCCAAGUUAUCAAAGAUAUGUAAUUACUGUGAAAUUUGUUUGAGAGAUUCCGUAAGAUGACUUGCACGCUUUGUUCUGCUAUGUUGUUCUUUAAAUGGUUCACUUGAGGUUAAGAAAUCUUGAGGCCGAGUUCUACCCCUGCUGCUGGCAGUGAAGUAGAGAUCCAGUUCUUUAUUUCAUGAGGGACUGCUGGUGUAAAUUGUGCAUCUACUUUUUUUUUUUUUUUUUUUUGUACCUUCUUCUUGCUGAUAGGGUAUAAAAAUUGCUUUAUCACAGAUUUAAGUUUCUUUUUUUUUUAUUUUGGUACAGCUGUAAAAAUUCCCACAUAAAUAGUUUUCUUCUUUUGUUUGCAUUAUAUUGUUUCUGCAGCCUUGACAUUCAGGGUGGAUUGUAAAAAAUAUAAGAAUAAAAAAAUUGUGAGUUUUGGAA